CAUAUUACAGGUAUAACCUAGAAGAUUAGCGAAAAGCAGGAAAUCAGCAGUAAUUGAUUAUUAAAACAUAGUUUUUAAGCGUUACAUGGAUUCGCAAGGUCGGAAGCUUAUCGUUGUUGACAACGGCACAGGAUUUGUAAAAUGUGGUUAUGCUGGGACCAAUUUUCCUGCCCACAUAUUUCCGUCAGUAGUAGGACGCCCACUGGUACGAUCAUCACAAAAAGUUGGCAAUAUAGAAAUUAAAGAUCUUAUGGUUGGGGAAGAAUGCACUCAGUUAAGACAGAUGUUAGAAUGCAGUUAUCCAAUGGAAAAUGGAAUAGUUAGAAACUGGGAUGACAUGAGUCAUGUAUGGGACUAUACAUUUGGUCCAGAAAAGAUGGAUAUUGAUCCAAAAGAUUGCAAAUUAUUGCUUACUGAACCACCGCUGAAUCCAAGUGGUAAUCGUGAGAAACUCUUCCAAGUUAUGUUCGAGCAGUAUGGUUUUAACUCCCUCUAUGUUGCCGUGCAAGCAGUAUUGACACUCUAUCAUCAGGGAUUACUUACGGGUGUUGUCGUUGAUAGUGGCGAAGGUGUAACACACAUAUGUCCGGUGUACGAAGGUUACGCUUUGAAUCAUCUGACGCGUCGUUUAGAUAUCGCUGGACGUGACAUCACUCGCUAUUUGAUUAAGCUCUUAUUACUGCGAGGUUAUGCUUUCAACCAUACAGCAGAUUUCGAGACUGUUCGUUUAUUAAAAGAAAAGCUAUGCUACGUGGCUUAUGACGUGGAGAAAGAACAACGUCUAGCCCUUGAGACGACAGUUCUCACGGAAUCAUAUACCUUGCCGGAUGGUCGCGUGAUUCGUGUCGGAGGCGAAAGAUUCGAAGCACCUGAAGUUUUGUUCCAACCGCAUUUAAUCAAUGUUGAAAGAUCGGGUCUCAGUGAAUUACUGUUUGGAGUUAUACAGUCUGCUGACAUCGAUACUCGACUUGAAUUUUACAAACACAUUGUGUUAUCUGGUGGAACCACUAUGUACCCAGGUCUUCAGAGCCGUUUGGAACGUGAACUGAAGCAGCUUUAUCUAGAUCGAGUUCUGCGGGGGAAUACUGAUGCGUUUCAGAAAUUCAAAAUUCGAAUUGAAGCUCCUCCAAGGAGGCAACAUAUGGUAUUUCUUGGUGGGGCUGUAUUAGCAAAUAUCAUGAGAGAUCGGGACGCAGAUUUCUGGAUUUCGAAAGGGGAAUACGAAGAGGGAGGACUUGAUCGAUGUUUGAGAAAAUUAGGCAUUAGGUGAUUCAAAGUUGUGUUAUUGACUUUAGUGAUAUUUUGUUAUAAUAUGCUGUGGUAGCUCACCAUUUGUUUGUUUCAAGUUAAAUUGUAUAGCUGUACUGAUUACGAAUGGCGAGUGUCCGAUUUAAAAUCUCGUCAAGCAUCAAGCACAGCUACUAUUCGCUUUGAAAAACUCCAUGUCGCUAUAAAUGUGUUCCAUUUACUUAGUUAAUUAUGCUGUUUUUCGUAGAUCAAAUGUUUACUUAUGGAUCAAAUCUUAAUAUAUCAAAGUGAUGAAUGUAGCUACCUAAUCUUGGUCACAUAACUUUCUCACGACAUAAGGAAAUCCUCUAUUCUCUUGAAAUAAUUUACCUUAAUGUUAUAUCAAAG